AUGGAUGUUGGUUCGCCUUGCAAGAACCGCAAAGUCAAGUGCGGAGAGGAACACCCAACUUGCUUAAAGUGCCAAGGGGCCGGUGAGACAUGCGACUAUAGUAUACGCCUGAACUGGGAUGGCCGAAGAGGCAAACGGCCCGAGUCUGGGGUCAUCGACUUUAGACAGGAUGCUCCUUCACCAACGAUUCCGGCCAAGGGCUUCAAGCUCGUUCAUCAAUACCCGCUGAACGGCCUGGACACGCCGGGCGCCCGGAGACUUGAGCCGCUUAUUAAUCCACCAAGUCAGACGGACCAGCCAAGACAUGAAGCCCGCAAAGCGUCGCUCUCGGGCCCAGUGACUUUCGCUGACGCAUCAACCAUGGCAGUUGGCGAUGCCGAGUUUUCUCAACGUCCCAGAAAAAGAGCCAAAGUGAAGCCCGAAGCCCAACCAACCGAACCCACUGACAAGAGGCCUUACUCUUCCCACAGCUCAACGGUCGACUCAACGACAGCAACCUACAGGUACUCUGUGAGCUCUGGUGUAUCCGUUGGAUCCCCUCUGACACCGACUACGUCCUCUACCUACAGCGACGAUGACCGACGCCAAAGCAGUCGAUCUGACCAACAGUCAGUCUCGUCUCCGGACGUGCGGCGGCUUUCUGUCAAUUCCCUUCUCGCCGGGCCACCCAGCCUCAGAGGAUUACGAGACGACUCAAGCGGUUACGCAGGAACCAUGUUUUCACCACUAGACACCCGGCUGCGGAACUCGGCCGAGCCGACCUAUUAUGGCGUUGACAGAGGGUUCCCAGAUCGUGAUUUGGGCAAAAACGAUGACAUGAACGCUAUCAGCGGCUCGUCGCCCCUGCUCCCGCGCGAGUUUCUAGAUACCACUAUCGGAGAGCCGACUGAAGACAUCUUCUGGAACGAGUUUGGGUUCGGAGUCGAGACCAACGACUGCAACGACGAAGAUGGCGGAUACUACUCAAAGCCAGUUAAGAUAUACAUACCCAGAAACUUGGAGCCACUUCCUUCCAGGCUCACCGAGAACCCAAUGAAUCUCUUGUACUUCCAUCACUUUCUGAACCACACCGCUCGAGUGCUUGUUCCCUACGAUGACCCACACGCCAACCCAUUCCGCACAAUUCUUCCUCAGAUGGCUGUCAAGAAUGACAAUCUCCUGGCCCUGUUGCUAGCAUACUCUGGUACGGACGCUCUUGACUCGAUGGCUCCUAAUGUUGCUUACAAGACCUCGCCAGCUUCGCAUAGGGCACGCGUGCUAAAUCAUCCCGAGCCGACUCUCAGAAUAGCCUUCUGGGUAGACGACAUAUUCCCUGCCCUUCGUCAAGCCCUGAACGACCCUGAAAGGAACUUCUCCAAUGCGAACCUGGCCACCGCCAUCAUGCUGACCUCGCUCGAGAUCAUCUCCCCCAAGGUCUUUGGGUAUGAGAUCUCGUGGCAAAAGCACCUAGGCAUGGCCCGGGAGCUCAUAACUGCCCGGCCGGGCGGCUUACACGGGCUGCAACCCCACUUCCGGCAGGACCAAGUGUGUUCUUUCCUCUGGAGCUGGGCCGCGUACCUCGAUGUAAUCGGUAGUCUCAGCGGGGGCCCGAAGGACACCUCUUCAGCGUGGAUAUUCGAUUAUGAAGUGGACGACAUGAUGGAUGGGUACGACGAGAUCGACUGCAUCAUGGGUUUCACGACACGAUGCAUCUACCUCCUGGCCAAGAUUGCCGAUCUGGCCCGGAAGUGCGACGCCGAGCGCAUCGGGGAUGACGGGGACAUGUGCCAGGACUGGGAGCCGAGUGAGGAGGUUUUCGAGCAGGCUCGCAAGCUCGAGGACGCCAUCACCGAGAGCAUGCUUCAGCCACCGGUCCCAUGUCAGCACAUCCACAAGAAAGGCGACAUUGAGAAGUGGGACAGGAACGAGAUGGAGGCGACAAACUGGGCGUUCCACUGGGCCGGCCUGGUCCACCUCUACCGCAGGAUCAUGGGGAAGCGGUCGGAAGACGACAAGGUCCAGAUGGCCGUGGGGAGGAUCAUCUCCUGUUUUCAGCGCAUCCGGUCCGGCGGCACGGCCGAAUCUUGCAUGCUCUUUCCUUUGUUCACGGCAGGGUGCGACGCCCGGGACUGGGGUCAGCGGGCUCUGAUAUUGAAGAGGUUUGUGACGGCGGAGAAUCACGGGAUGACUCAGGUACAUAAUGCGCGUCGGCUGAUGCAAAAGGUUUGGGAGACGGAAAAGCCAUGGGAGACUCUGGUAAGCACGGAGUUCAUCGGAUGA